AUGGCCAAUGGCUCAAUUAUCCCGUCUCAAGGCCGAUGGGAAGGCCAUGUAACAAUUGGCGGUGUCGACGUUAUCGCACGAUUUGAAGUCUUCCCAAGCGGAGGCUCGUGGUCAGUCCUCAUCGGCAAGCCGCUACUUAUGGCCCUAGAAGCAAGACAUGAGUAUGCAAACGAUACCAUCGAACUCCCAUCAUCAAAAGGGACAAUCACACUGGAAAAUGAGAUCACAAGACUGGACGACGAAGCAUGGGAAAAAGCGUCAGAUACCCACCUGACGCUCGAUAUCAAACAGCGCGCAACGCUACGGGGGGAUGACAAACCCCCCGCAAGGCAAGUCGCACACGCUAUCAUACCUCUUGCACCAGAUACCAGUGACAAGCACCAGACCACCAAAACACAGCCCACCAACCACGCGUCACCAACUAUGCACAAACUUGCCCACCAGGACGAGACCGCGGACCUACCAGAGAUAAAACCACACGAAGAUCCCUCAAUCUACACACGACACACAAACGCAUGGAAAACAGAGCGCACCAAUGAACUCCUACGGCUCGUCAAGAUCGGCGAGGACCUCACUGCCAGCGAACAUACCAAAGUCGAGGCACUCAUCCUUGAAUUUGCAGAUUGCUUCGCGAUGUCCGUUAGCGAAGUCUUGCCAGUCCGCAGUGCCACACACCGGCUCAAUCUCCCCACUGGAACCAAAAUUCCAUGGAAAGUCCACCAGCAGCCACUGUUUGGUGACAAACAAGACUAUUUCUUCUCGCACAUUGAUCUUAUGCUGAAAAGUGGGAUCAUUGCUCCUAUAGCACCCGAAGACGUCAAGUUCUGCGGCAACACAGUCCUCGCACAAAAAACCCACACAACCAAAGGCCUCUCGCAAGAUGAACUCAAACACCGAGUCAACGACGAAUGCUCAGCCCACGGUUUCCCGCUCAAAUACGACCUCCCACCCCGUGACCCAAACCCCGUACCGACCGAACCACCCUCAAAACAAACAAAAUGGCGCAUCUGCCAAAGCUUCAAGGCACUCAAUGACAUCACAACGGUCCCACCAAUGCCGCAAGGCGACAUACGUGCAAAACAACAAGCGCUGGCAGGACAUCGGUGGGUCACUGUAUUCGAUUUUGCGUCCGGAUUUUACGCUUGCCCCAUAGCGGAGGAGGACCAACCCUACAUCUGCUUCUACGUAGCCGGGCGUGGUUACUACAAAUACCUCCGGAUGCCGUUUGGACUCACCGGCGCACCAUCCCGCUUUGCCAGCAUGACCGCAACCGCCCUAGGAGACCUCGUAGGAACCCUAUGUCAACUAUUCGUGGACGACGGAGGUGUCCCAGCAGACAACUUCGAUGAUGGCAUGGCCGAUCUCCGCACCCUCCUCCAACGAAUCCGCGACACAGGCCUUUCCCUCUCUGCCGCAAAAACAGAAUUCUUUAUGACCACCGCAAAAUUCGCAGGUGAAACAAUAGGCCCCAAUGGUGUAGGCACAGACCCAUCCAAGAUAUCCGCAAUCGUCAAUUGGGAAACACCCACCACAUUAAAAGGUCUGUCUGGAUUCGUUCAUUUGGGCAACUAUUACCGCUCGGUAUGCGCAGAUUACGGCCACAUUGCACGCCCCCUCACAGAUCUCAUUCGCAACGCCUCUAUCCCAACGGGGAAGGGCAAAUUUGCUUACCAGAGAGCACUCCACGACCAUUCACUUGAAGGCCUAUGGACGCCAGAACACCAGAAAGCGUUCAUCGACAUCAAAGCCGCACUCACCUCUGCACCCGUACUCCGAUCCCCUCUAUUUGAUGGCCGCACCUUCACCGUCACAACCGAUGGGUCAAAACAUGGAUUUGCCGGAAUCUUAUCUCAGCACCAUGAAACAACCCUCCCCAACGGAAAAACGUUCAGCCUCGACAAGUUCUCCGACACAAUAUGGGGCUCACCAAUCGAGAUCGAAACAGACUGUCAAGCACUCCGGGACUUCCUCCUCAGCGACAGCCUGAAUAUCCACCAUGCCCGAUGGCGCGACGGCGUCCUAGCCUACGAAAUCCGAACAGUACGCCACCGGCCAGGAGCUGGCAACCCUGCAGAUGGCCCAAGCCGCAUGUUCGACUCAGGCUUCCAGACAGAAGGCGACGGAGCAGACUGGUCGGUGGGACAGGACUGGGAGAAAUCAUCCGGUCUUGUCCACGACCUGUUCCUCACAACCGUCGACUCAGACGUACAACGCCUUCGGGAACGCUUCGCAAAAGAACCACUCUUCCGCGAAGUUAUUGAUGCAUUACAAAACAUAGACCACACAAGCAACGUGCAAACACGAAGACGCGCGCGCCACCGCGCACUAGGCUACAUGAUCAAAGACGGGAAACUCUGGCGAGUAGGAAACGGGCGCUCACCGCGUGCACGGCCAUGUGUUGAAUGUGUCCCCCGCUCAGAAGCAGUCACACGCGCAGCCGAAGUACACAGCCAACUGCACUUCGGCCGCGACCACAUCAAGCUACAACUACUUGACACCAUCUGCAGCCCGCAACUCGACCAGUCGAUCACAUCAGCAAUUGCAGAAUGCGCGCAAUGCAAAAACUUCGGAGGUAUGCACCUCCACUCUCUCCUAGAGCCCAUCACCCGCCGUCACCCCUUCGAGUUACUCGUUGCAGAUUACCUCUCCCUGCCGAAAGGCAUCAACGGAUUCCAUACAGUAGGCCUAUACCUCGACACAUACUCACAACGCAUCUGGGGAUUCAAAUACAAAACACACGGAACGGCAAAAACCACAGUAUCAGGACUCACGACAAUCACAACAGGCUGGACCAAACCCAAUACAUUCAUGACUGAUGGCGGCUCCCACUUCAAAAACAGCGAGGUCACAGCAUUCUGCAAAGAACGAGGCAUCAAACAUGAAGUCAUAGCAGCAUACUCCGCAUGGAUCAACGGCCUUGUCGAAGGCACAAACAAGAUACUACUAGGACGCCUCAAACGUUUGUGCAGCCCUGAACUAGGCGAAGACGAGUACACCGAUGUCAAACCCGAAGACAUACCAAAAUCCUGGCCAAGAUACUUCGAUCAAGUCAUCGAAUGGCUCAAUAAUCGCAUCCUCCCAGCCCUGCACCACACCCCCAACGAACUCGCACUAGGCUUGAUCAUCAACAGCCCCAAAACACCCUCGGACGCCACUGAAACCCCGCCAACUGUCGGCGAAAUAGAACGACAACUAGCCUACACGGAACAGCAGCGCCUAGACGGAUACGCGCUCACCGUCGGCCACGCACAAAAAAGAAAAGCGGCGUUCGACAGACGUGUAACCGCAACCGCUCCAGGUGAAGUUAUCUUUGCGCGACUCGAUCUUGUUCAGAUCUACAAAAACGCCCUAGAUUUCACAAUGUCCACAGCCAGCAAAUUACUUCCAAAAUGGUCCCCACCACGACGGGUCCGCAGCCGAAUCCUAAACUCCUACACCCUCGAAGACCUCAACGGCAACCUCCUUCCCGGGAAAUUCAGCUCACAACGACUCCGAAGAUUCACACCACGCAUUGGCACCAAACUGUCACUCGACCAGAUAACGUUACUACAGUACAAACAAGACCACCCUGAAGAAGAGAACACCGACGACCCCAUCCUACCUCACAAAACCACCGGAAACACAGAACUGGACGAAGACGACCCGGCCGACGAACCCCCAGACGAAGACGACCCGGACAGACAAGACGACCCCGACAGCGAAAGCGACAACGAACCGGAAGAAACAGAGAACGAGGACGAAACGCCACCCGACACCAGACAAACCCUGCGAUCGGGACGCAUUCUUCACGAGCAGACGACGAGGACGUUGCAUUUAGAAGGCGGGGGCACAUGGAGUAGUGGAACUCCAUACCAAGGGAGGAGAGUCCAGCGCGAAGGAGCACGUGCAUCAGAACGCGUCUGGCCCGCAACCCCCGCUUUCACCCCUUCUCCUCCCGCGCCUCCUGCUUCACCAGAGAUGGAUAAAGUGGCUGAGGAAUACGGUUAUCACAAACAGGCCUGGGAACGCAUGAUCGACAUGACCCUCUGGACUGGUUACCCCAAUCGCUCCAUCCCCACCUACGAUGUCAACAACCUGCGCGAGCCACCACCGACAACCGGUCCACGCCAUAAACGCCAAAGACUUGUGUAA